AUGUCAUUGAACAACACAGCGGACUCGGAUCUUCCAACUCAACCCCUUGUCAUCCCCAUUUACGCUCCUCAAGAGCCAGCUUCUGCUAUUGGGAGAUGGCUGUCGGAUAUGAUCCACAUGGGCCAAGUCGACUUUCGACAACACAGUAGUCUUAAUCCCGACGAGGGCGGAUCUCAAACCAUGGUCGGCAAUCGGAACAGACCACCCCGAACUCCUCAGACCACUUCCGACGCUGAUACGACAACCUCUACUGAUAUGGAACCUACCGUCUCUGAUUCUUCAGAGGAUAUGUCUUAUUUGUCUGAUUUUGCUCGUGAUGGUCUUCAGGAUGACUACAAAGGUAUCGUCGUUGGAGUUGUGACACUUCGACGAACGCACGGCCGUGACCAUACUACGGUCAAUUACGUCGACGACGAGGUAGUCAUCUACAACCACAACCGCACCCCCGAGGAACAUCGAGCGUACAACCUACUCGACGAAGCAUACAGACGUGCGACCUACCAGGAAGGAUUACUCCUCGAUCGACCGGUAGCACCGACGCCUCAGAGACAGGCAACUAUCGAACACAUCCGUCAACAGACUCUUGACCGGAUCGGAAGGACUCACGCACGAGCCGUCCUUCACAGCCCCGUUUGGAACGAAUAUUGCCUGAGCGUCGGUUCUUGGGCACCAAACCAGGCAAGCCUCGAGUUUACUAUCCUUGACGAACUCGAGCAUUGGGUACUCCGCGACGACGGGUACGACGGGUACGACGCGGACGACGAACUACCAUCACUCGUCAACACCGAGCAAGAAUCAUCGGCAGGCAACCCCUCGAGCCCCGAACCACUAGACAUCUUCUCCUUCCUUACGAGAAUUCGGGACAACGCGAGCGCGUUGUAUGACAUCACCAACCACCAUUCGACCCUUACCCCGAUCUCCGAGCAAGCACACAUCCAGGUUCUCAUCGAACAAGUUCAGCAGGUCGUCAACACCCUUCAUAAUCUCCAACGGCUCGUCAGCCCACCCCUUCCCCCCAUCCCCGUUAGCCACGACCCAGAAGAACGCCACAGAUCCAGUUACUUUGCUGCUCGAAUUCGCGAACAGGCCGAGAAUCUUCAUAACAUUCAGAGUCUUUUGGACCCGGACUUCGCCGAACACUGCCGACGCCUACAUCUACUCAUUGGGGCCAGGGAACUAUACGAAUCUCACCGUCGCAUCAUUCGAAACGGAUACGAGUCCCCUGACGCUAGUUCCGAUUCCGACUAUUCGGCGACUCUACGCAACUUCCACCUGGACUAG